AUGACUCACGCAAGAGAACCAGUGGAUAAAAAAUAUACUCCACCUCCACCACGUGAGGUUGAAGUGAAAUUUGGCAAAGGUGUCACUGGUACCCUUGCCAUUCCUCAUGCCAUGGAUUCAGACAACCCAUUUGAAGAUGGACUAGCCCCCGUGACUCAUAAAGCCGCUCUUAUUUUACACGGACAAGGUGGACAUAGAAACUACUGUUAUCAAAGACAUUUGGCCCAUCGAUUAGCUAAAGAUUUAGGGAUAUUCAGUUUAAGAAUCGAUUUCAGAGGGUGUGGGGAUUCAGCUGAUAAUGAAGAUAAAUUAGAAGGAAGAACUUUGACGCAAGACGUUGCAGAUAUUCAAGCUGCCGCUGAUUUCAUCCAGGAUGGGAAAGUAAAUGGGUUAGCCAUUGAUUUGACUUUAAGCUCAAUCAUUUCUCAUUCUAGAGGUGGCGUUGCCAUGUUUCUUUGGGCUUUGGAACAAGAUGAAUUAUUGAAAAAGGGUGACCCACGAGCAAUUGUUGUUCCUAAUUUGAUCAACUGUGCCGCUAGAUAUACUUCAGCUACCGUAUUGGAGAGGUAUAGUGAUUUCGGUGAUCUUGAUUAUAUGCCAGAUGUACUCAAUUUUAGAUACGGCAAAUAUGUGCCCUCCGAUUUAUCAGCCAGAGAAAUUAUCACCUUGUCUAAACCUGAUUUUACUUCUUUGAGUUCAUUGUCACGAGAUUUUUCGGUGUUGAGUAUUUAUGGAUUAGAAGAUCAAAUCAUUCCCAAGUACGACUCAGCAAAUUUUGCCAAUGCUUUGAACCGAGGACCUAAGUCACAUGUAUUGAAAUUAAUUCCUGAUGCCGAUCACAAUUUUUAUGGCCACAACAAAAUUGAACCCGAUGACAAUUUCCAUGACGUUAACCCGCUCAAUUUGCCAUUGAAAGGUAACAGAGUCAACUUUAAUUUCCUUGCUGUUGAUUAUAUUAUUGAGUACCUUUCGCCAGAAGAAGAAUUAGACCGUUUUUUGUAUGCAACUAAAUCUGUGGGUAAAGUUCCUCGUUGGAAACAUGUUGACGGAGUGAGCAAUUUUAGAGAUAUUGGCGGAUGGAAAAUCCUCAGGCCAACGUUUGAAUUGAGUAAAGGAACUGGAGCCAGUGGAUUAAACUAUUAUGUCAAACCAAAUUUGGCAUUCAGAUGUGCAAAUGUUGCCAACAUGACCGAACUUGGAAUCCAACAGGUUCAAAAACUUGGCAUUAAAGUCAUUUUUGAUUUACGUUCUGAUGGAGAAGUCGACAAAGACGGAUACCCGCAAGGAUUGGAAAAAUACGGCAUCAAGAGAAUCCACGCUCCAGUAUAUUCCAACGAUGAUUAUUCUCCUCAAGCCAUUGCCAUGAGAUAUACAAACUUAAUGACCUCGUGGUCGACUUAUGUGCAUGUUUAUGAAGACAUGUUGGAAUUUGGAAUUGAAUCAUUCAAGACCAUUUUCCAAUACAUUUUACACGAAAACCAACCGUUUUUAUUUCAUUGUACUGCUGGUAAAGAUCGUACUGGGGUAUUGGGGAUGUUGAUUCUAUUGUUGGCUGGUGUAGAUAAACAUACCAUUGGGAAAGAAUAUGAAUUGACAACAAUUGGCUUAAAACCCGACCACCCUGUUCUCAAGAGUAAAUUUGUUGAAACAGUGGCCAAAUUGAAGGAGAAAAUGAGUGGAUCUAGUGAAGAAGGAGCAUCAGCUGAUGAUAUUGAGAAAUUGAUUUCUCGUGGUAGAAGCAAUUGGAGUCUUGAAGAAGAAGGGUUCAAUAAUUUGAUUAGUUCUCGAUAUGAAGCCAUGUUGGCCACAAUUGCUUUAUUUCAUGACACGUAUGGGGACAUUAUUCGUUAUUUGAAUGAGAAAUUAGAGUUUCGCCAUGAUGAAAUUAGACAAAUUUAUGACAAUAUUGUCAUGGUUGACCCUGAAUCUUAUGGAUUUGAUAUUACUGCUCAAGUUCAAUGGGACCACCGUUCUAAAUUCUAA